GCAGCGGCCCCGGAAUGGGGUAAAAAUCGCGGAUCAUCGUCUCGCGCUUCUUUUUUACAUAUUCAUCACGUUUGUAUUGGGGACGAUAAGCUUUUCUGCAAACGUAAGAUAUACGGAGAUGAUUUGGAUAGACCUCCGUGAUACGCCUGGUGGACCGCUCACACUAAUCCAAAACGAAACGGAUUAUACCAUCAACGAUCUAGCGCUUUCCACCGGUCACGUCCAGGAGUGGUUUAUGCAAGCACUGCUCCUUCACCGAUGUUUUGUGAUAUGGAAUUGGGCAAGAUACGUGAUGAUCCCUUUGAUCACACUCUAUAUUGCCAUGAUCGCAUUAUCUAUUCUCGUCCAGAUUCAGGCGAGCACUGGCGCCGUGCUUUACAAUAUCAACAUCUUGCUUGUUUACCUCUGCCUGGAAGUGGGACUCACUGUGAUUUAUACCAUUCUCGUGGCGAACCGUUUACUCGUCAUGCGAAGCCAGAUGAAGCAGGCCAUGGACCAAUAUGAUUCUAGCACCUAUGAUGCCGUCGUCCUCAUGAUCAUCGAGUCCGCCGUGUUAUACUCCGCCUUCGCUAUGAUUUUCAUAAUUGCCUUUGGUUUGCAUUCCGAUGGUAUUUCCACUUUAUGUUUCCUAUCUGUUAGCCAAGUCCAGGGCAUUGCUCAAUUGCUCAUCAUCAUUCGUGUUGCACGGGGGCGAGCAAUUACACGUGAGUGGUCGACUCGAGUUGCUGCACCACCUACGACACUGGUAUUCUCGGGGAGUGUAUGGAACGCGUCAGAAGGUAUCGACGAUGAACGAAUACCUAGGCCAGAGCAGGAUGUUUUUCAGAUGCAUUCUACUUCUGCGGGGGGAGUAUAAGGGUGUAUCACAUGACAUUAAGUGAAGUUGAUUUAACUUUAUAAUUUAAAUUUUAUACCUGAAUGUAAUGAUCUUCCUUUGCGCUACAGCAAGCUGAAGGAGCAGGGUGGGACAGACUAUCAACAAUGCGCAGUCACGACGAACGCAACAGGUCUUGGCUUGCCUAGGAUGAUUCUCUAUGACUGACAGGGUUUUUCAAGAU